AUGCGCCUCCAGGGGAGAGCCCGAGCCCGGCGCCGCGUCCCGGCUGCUCCACGGGACGCUGCCCCGGCCCGCCUGGGCCUGGGCUCCCCGCGGCGGCAGCGCAGCCCCGCCCCCGGGCGCUAAUCUCCCGGGCGAGCCCCGGCCGGUCCCCCCGCACCCGCGCUCCCGCCGGGAGCAGGGCGCAGGCGCCGCACGCAGCCUCGCUGCAGCCAGCGCGCGAGCCCCCGACUGCGCCUCCCUCUGAGCCACCCUGCCCUGCCCCGCGGGGCCGGGGGCGGCGGGGCCGGCGGGGCGGGCGGAGGGGAGCGUCCCGAGCCUGAUUCCCACGAGGGCAGUCGGGGCGGCAGCUCAGCUCCUUCCCCCCCACCCCACCCCCGCCGCAUGGCGCGCGGGAGCGAGCCCCCGGACGGGGGCUGGGGCUGGAUGGUGGUGCUCUCCGCGUUCUUCCAGUCCGCGCUGGUGUUCGGGGUGCUGCGCUCCUUCAGCGUCUUCUUCGUGGAGUUCGUGGCGGCGUUCGGCGAGCCGGCGGCGCGCGUCUCCUGGAUCGCCUCCAUCGGCAUCGCGGUGCAGCAGUUCGGGAGCCCCGUGGGCAGUGCCCUGAGCACCAAGUUCGGGCCGAGGCCAGUGGUGAUGGCUGGGGGCGUCCUGGCAGCGCUGGGGAUGCUGCUGGCCUCCUUCGCCACCUCCUUGACCCACCUGUACCUGAGCAUCGGGCUGCUCUCAGGUUCUGGGUGGGCCUUGACCUUCACGCCAACACUUGCCUGCCUGUCCCGUUACUUCUCUCGCCUGCGAUCCCUGGCCAUGGGGUUGGCGCUGACUGGCGUGGGCCUCUCCUCCUUUGCCUUUGCCCCACUCUUCCAAUGGCUGCUCAGCUACUAUGCCUGGCGGGGCACCCUGCUGCUGGUGUCGGCCAUCUCCCUCCACCUGGUGGCCUGUGGGGCCCUCCUCCGCCCGCUCUCCCUGACUGAGGACCCUGCUGCGGGUGGCCCUGGGGCCCAGCUGGCCUCCCUCCUCCAUCACGGUCCCUUCCUCCGUUACACUGUCGCCCUCACCCUGAUCAACACUGGCUACUUCAUCCCCUAUGUGCACCUGGUGGCCCACCUCCGGGACCUGGGUUGGGAUCCACUGCCUGCUGCCUUCCUCCUCUCGGUGAUUGCUGUCUCUGACCUCGUGGGGCGUGUGGUUUCCGGGUGGCUAGGGGAUGUAGCCCCGGGGCCUGUGGCACGGCUCCUGGUGCUCUGGACCACCCUGACUGGGGUGUCGCUGGCCCUGUUCCCCGUGGCUCAGGCUCCCACAGCCCUGGUGGCUCUGGCCGUGGCCUACGGCUUCACAUCAGGGGCCCUGACCCCCGUGGCCUUCUCCAUGCUGCCUGAGCUGGUGGGGACUGGAAGGAUAUACUGUGGCCUGGGACUGGUGCAGAUGGUGGAGAGCAUCGGAGGACUGCUGGGGGCUCCUCUGUCAGGCUACCUCCGGGACGUGACAGGCAACUACACGGCUUCCUUCGUGGUGGCCGGGGUCUUCCUUCUCGCAGGGAGUGGCGUUCUCAUCACGCUGCCCCACUUCUUCUGCGUCUCGUCCCCCAAGCCUCAGGACCUCGUCACAGAGGCACUGGAUCCCCAAGUCCCCCUGCGAAGGAAGAGCUGGGAGAGGACUGAGCUCCAGAAAGACCCAGAGAGCCAGAGAUUGGCAGCCCCGGGCCUUCUGCCCCAUAUCAGUGCCCCCAGGACCGCAGUGCCUUCAACAUCUUGAUCUGUCUCCUGCCACAGCAGGCCCGGGGCCCUGCGAUGUGUGUGUGUGCCAACUCCUAGCACCUUUUGGAGGACUCCUGUCUCUUCUUGGCUUCCACAACCAUUCCUGCGGGAUCCAAGAGUCGAGCCUGCUCCAGGGAGCUGGGAAUCCACUGUGAAAAUCAAAGGCCAAGAGUCUUACUAUGUUUUCCAAGGGAAUCCAUCUCUAGAGUUGCCUACUAAGCUUCUUCUCCGAAGACAGAUGUUUGGGGAUGAGGGCCGCCCCGUUGAGAUAAAACUGAAUAAGGAAACUG